UGACAUUAUAAACAACAUUAUAAGUAUUUGUUUCAUGAUCUUUUGAAUUUGAUGUCAUUAAGAUACCCGUAAACGAAUAAUUUAAUUAACUUAAACUAAUGGUGGUUCUAAGCUACCAAGUUGUCCAAUUUCCAACAACUAAUAUCCACAAAUUGUGCAUUUCACCUCUAAAACCCCAUAAUUACCACCAUGGUAUCCGUUGUGGAAUCGCAGAACCAUCAGGGCAACCGGCGCCAAUGGGACAGAAGACUAAAUACAAUGAUGGGGUAUUUGAGAAGGUGUUUAUGAGCUUAUUUGCUCGAAAAAUGGAGAAAUUUUCAGGGAAACCGAAUAAAGAAAGUGAGGGUAAAAAGAAAGGAUUAUUCGACUACGAUUAUGAUAGUUUUGUGGAUGUAUCGAGGCGAGUAAUGCAAGGGAGGAACCGCAUACAGCAACAAGAAGUUGUAAGGGAGGUGCUUCUUUCUAUGCUUCCUCCAGGUGCACCUGAUCAGUUCAGGAAAUUGUUUCCACCUACAAAAUGGGCUGCAGAGUUCAAUGCUGCCUUAACAGUCCCUUUCUUCCAUUGGUUAGUUGGUCCUUCUGAGGUUAAAGAAGUAGAAAUAAAUGGUGUAAAGCAAAGGAGUGGAGUUCUUAUCAAGAAAUGCAGGUACUUGGAGAACAGUGGGUGCGUAGGAAUGUGUGUGAAUAUGUGUAAAAUUCCUACUCAAGACUUCUUCACAAAUGAAUUCGGGCUUCCUUUGACCAUGAUUCCAAAUUUUGAAGAUAUGAGUUGUGAAAUGGUGUACGGCCAAACUCCACCACCAUUUGAAGAGGACCCGGUAGCCAAACAACCGUGUUUUGCUGAGAUUUGUUCUGUAGCAAACCCCAACUCUAGCAUCUGCCCAAAACUACAAGCCUGAUAUAGUUUACAUUGUAUAUUGACACAAUUAUAGCUUUUGUUGAUUUUUGGUUAUGACUCUAUUUAUUGAGUUGUAGCUAGGAUUUUUACAGGCGAAAGUGAAAUAAAAGGUGGGUUACCAUGUA